GGAAAACAAGUUGAAACGAGUUGUUCGCAUUAGCAACUUCCUACUGCUCUUCAUACACACCCUUAAAUCAACGUUUAAGGCCAGUAGAGCUGAGGCCGUCCAUUCAUUUGUAACGCAGCCGGCAUCAGAUUUUUUUUGUUGUUAUUUUUAAAAUUACGAUUAAGGGAAAAGAUGCAGCGGAGGUUGUAGUCUUCCUUCUUCUGCCGAAUCGGAUUAUAAUAUCUAUCUAUCUGUACAAAUCUCGGGAUGAUCUGAUAAAGAAGCAGGAUACGAGCUGCAAGCAAUACAGGUGCCCUCGAGGAAGCUGCGCUGGAACACGCCUGUCUGUUCGGAGCUACUUUUUUUUUCCCCCAAGUCUGUGGACUUUUUUUUUUUCUGGUACCCUUUUUGGGUGAUUUCAGUUCGGAUUCUUCAGUAUGACUUUAGUGAACGAGAGAGCGAGUCGGGCUUUAAAGGAGAUUCUCCAGAAACCCGGGAACAACGAGUGCGCCGACUGCGGGGCUCCAGAUCCAGAAUGGGCUUCUUCAACUUUGGGAAUUUUCAUCUGUCAUACCUGUUCAGGCAUCCAUAGGAAUAUAUCAGAAGUCAGUAAAGUAAAAUCUCUGACCCUCGCCCGUUGGGAAGACGGAGAAGUUCAGUUUAUGUCUGAAAAUGGAAAUCUUAGAGCCUGUGCCAAAUAUGAAGCUGAAGUUCCGAUGUAUUAUUACAAGCCUUCACACAAAGAUUGUCAGAUUUUAAAAGAGCAGUGGAUCCGUGCAAAAUAUGAAAGGAACGAGUUCACCGAGCCUGAAAAGGAGCUGCCUUAUGAACAGAGUGUCCGAGAAGGCUUUCUCUGGAAGCGAGGCCGAGACAAUGGACAGUUUUUCAGCAGGCGGUUUGUCCUCUCGGAUCGAGAUGGCACACUAAAAUAUUUUGCCAAAAAUGAUGCAAAGGAGCCGAAGAUCACUAUUAAAGUGGAUACGCUUAAUGCCACCUUCCAGCCAGCAAAGAUUGGCAACCCCAAUGGUCUGCAGCUUACGUUUCUGAAGGAUUUCAGGACACGAAACAUCUUCAUAUACCACGAGAGCAGCAAGGAGAUCGUGGAUUGGUUCAAUGCCAUUCGGGCCGUACAGCUCCACUACCUUCAGGUGGCUUUUCCAGGAAGCAGCAAUGUGGAUUUGAUACCAAAACUGACAAGAAACUUCCUGAAAGAAGGCUACAUGGAAAAGACAGGCCCAAGGCAAACUGAAGGCUUCAAGAAAAGGUGGUUCACUUUGGAUCACAGACGUCUGAUGUACUUCAAGGACCCACUUGAUGCUUUUGCCAAGGGUGAAGUGUUUAUCGGCCAUAAGGACCUUGGUUACAGUGUGAAGGCAGGCCUACCUCAGGGGACUCAUGCCAACCGUGUCUGGCACUAUGGCAUCACAAUAGCCACCCCAGACAGAAGCUUCCUUUUCACAUGUGAGUCGGAAAGCGAACAGAAGGACUGGAUCACCAACUUCAACCGAGUCAUUCAACAGCCAAUGUCUCCGCAGGAAUAUGCCAUGGAAGCCCUCUUCAAACACAAACCCUGAGGACAAAGGAACCGAAAAAAAAAA